CAUGGUGUCUGCUGGCGACUGUCCUGCCAAAGGCCAGGCUCAGGAUGCAGCUGAAGGAGGAGCUGAGUGGUGUGGUGAAAGCUCUAGUUCGGUCUAAAUGUGCUGAAGUGGAGCUUUGGGGGAAAAAAGAGGCCAUCUAUAAACAGCGCAGUUGAGUUGGCCGGUCGCUUUGUUUUCCUUUGGCUGUUGUGCUGGAUAUUUGUGGUCGGAUAAGAGUUUGCCUGCUCCUUCUGCUGAAUCUUGCAGCGAAGUUGGAGCCCUGUGUUUAACAUUGCAAAUUCUUACCACAGGGAGAAAGCUGUUAUCUCAAGUCACAUCUUUGUUAGUCAUCGGCUUUUUCUUGCUGCAUCUAAUAAUCUAGUGAGAAGGAAACAGUUUCUGUCGUAAACGAUAGGUUUUGUGGCUUUUCCCAACAUGAAAGACGCUAUGGAAAAUAACUGCCUUCCAGUAAAUAUUGUUGAUGAACAAAAAAGAACAAAUUCACUGGCAAAUUUUCUGUAGAUUUGCUGUUGCUUUUCAUACCAUUCUUCAGACUUUAUGUUGUUUCCGUUGGAAGCUAUGACUGGGGCCAUCAUAUACAGUAAAUUACAAUUGCUGACUGCAGGCGGGAAUGAGCAUCUUUUGGGUUUUGCUUUUUAGCCAGAAAAGAAAGAGAGCAGCUGCUCGUAGUGACUUCUUGUUUUCUGUCUCUGCUUUUGCCUCGCUCCACGCCAGUACCACGCGGUGAAAGGUCCUGUGUGGGUACUGAAGGAUGCCACUUCUGCACCCUGCCAACCCUCCGAGCUCCUUGGAAACUACUUCUAAUCUCAAGGAAGAAAUCAGGCGGGGCUUUGCGGGACUGGAGGACCCACUGGCAGGGCUGCUGGACAUGCUGGAGAGCAGCGGUGAUUGGAAGGGGAAAGGGCAUUCCCUCGGGUAUUGCAUCAGCAGUGAGCUGCAGCUUUGGAUGAAAGAGCAUCCUGCUGUUCAACAGUCUGGCAUGAAGCUGAAGAAGCUGCAGGCCCGUGUAUUCAGAAUACUAGACCAGUGCCCAGCUAAUCUUCUUGACCCUCUGAUUAGCAUUUACCAGCUCCAUACAGCAGACCGGAACUAUUUGCUUGGACACGUCAGUCAUCUUUAUCACAGGGGCGAUUACAAAGAGGCAGCCAUCCUGAGUAUUAAGCUAAAACUACAGUCAGAUCAAGAUGUGGAGAAGAUGUGUGCACCGCUACUGUUUCAAGACAAAAUUAACCUGGUUGAAGAUUAUGUGGGAGAACAUCCUGAGCUCCAGUGCAGGCUCUUACAGAUCCUGGACACCUGGUGUGAACCUGAUUUUAAUAUCAGAGAUAUGGCAAGACAGUAUCAAGGUCUGUCCAGGUACAAGCCAGAUAAACUGAACCGCAAAAUGCUGAGCAAGCUGAUCUUCAGACUCCUGGAGCGAUUUAACGUAGAUCCAGCUCUCUGUCCUAAUGUCAUAAAUCAGCGGCACUUGAGAACUCUGAAUUAUCUCUUUUACAAGAGGUUUGUGGAGAAAACCAUGACUCAGGAGAAUUGGACAGAUCACGUCCAGAGCACAGUUGGAGAGAAUCGAUGGCUUCAGGGGCACCUGAUACAGUUGCUGCUCAGAUACUGUGAUCUGAACGCAGCAGCAAGAUGGGCACAACACUGCAAUUUGCCUGAGGAGAUGCUGCCUUCUGAAGUGGCUGAUGAGCUUCAAAAGCUUGAGAUCCAAGAGAGGGUAGAAGAGGCAACCAAAGAAGAGAAUUACAAAGAGGUUAAGAAGAAGGAUUAUUACCAGCUUCCUAUUCCACGUGCAAAUAUUCACUUACUGCAGAAUUGGGAAGAUAUGAUGCAAUGCUGUGAAAAGGUGCUGCAGCCUGGGCAGAUUGUUGGCAUUGACAUGGAGUGGAGGCCUUCGUUUGGCAUGGUCGGGAAGCCCCGCGUCUCCCUCCUUCAACUCGCUGUGAGGGAUGAGGUGUUCCUGCUCGAUUUGCCAUGGCUCCUUGAGCAAGCUGAAGUCAAGGGUGAGAAAGAGAAGCUUCCCCAUAUCAUCCAGAGGCUCUACUCAGAUGCAGCCAUCACUAAACUAGGUUAUGGGAUGUCUGGAGACCUUAGCAGUCUUGCAGCCACAUGCUCCACUUUGAAAGGCAUGGAUAAGCAGUCACAAAGCGUAGUGGACCUACUCACAAUAGACAAACUACUGCAAAAGAGCUCCAUUGACUGGAAGAAGGGCAGCCUGAAGGUCGAUGCGCUGCCCCCAGAGCAGAGCUGUGAGGAUGAAGGGCUCAGGCAGCCAGAAAAAGGGCUCAGCCUCCUGGUACAACACGUCCUGGGAAAACCACUAGAUAAAACAGAGCAGAUGUCUAACUGGGAGAAACGACCACUGCGGGAGGAACAGAUCCUCUAUGCAGCUUCAGAUGCAUACUGCUUGUUGGAGGUCUACGAGAAACUGUGUAAGGAUCCAGAAAGCUUUGGUCUGAGUUCAGACCUGACUGAAAGUCUGGUGGGAAAAGCAAGUGUAAAACCCAAGGCAAAGAAGCAGCUGAAUAAACAAGAGGUACCGUCACCUUCUGGACAGCAAUGCAGAGGAUCUGACAAAGAGAUCUCACGUCCCCCUGCUCCCAUCUCCCCAAAGGAGUUCAGCGUGGUCUGUGAUAACAUGCUGCAGGGCCUUGGGCGCUAUCUCCGCUGCCUUGGUGUGGACGUCCGGAUGCUGGAGAAUGAGGAUGACCAUAGGAAAGCUGCUGAGAUUGCCAGACAGGAGGGAAGGGUCAUUUUAACCUCUGGACUCCCAUAUCAGACUCUGCAGUCCCAGGUGGGGGAAGGAAGGUGCUUCUCUGUGAACUGCUCGGAAAAGGCCAAGGAGCAGGCGCUGCAGGUGCUGAAGCACUUCAACGUUCGCGUGACGCUGGCGGACAUCUUCAGCCGCUGCCAGGUGUGCAACUGUGACAAAUACCUGAAAGUCCCAAAGGAGAGGAUGAGGCAGCUGGUAGAGGGCAGCAGGAACUCGCUGGGGGACAACAGCACAGGCUGCCCGACGUCGUGCGAGGAGAAGCCCGGCCGGACCCGCAGCGCUGCUCAGCCCACCGGCACCACAGCGGGAGAGCGGCUGGAGAGCACGAGGUCAUGUGGAGCAGAUGUGGGGCUGGUGGGGGGCACAGCCCUGCAGGUGGCUGCCAUCCCCCCCGGGGUGCUGGACAAAGCUGAGCUCACUGACUUCUACUGCUGCACGCGCUGCGGGAAGGUGUUCUGGGAAGGCUCUCAUUUUGGACGCGUCGUCUCACAGUUUCAGGAUAUUCUGGUCACCACGGGGGAUGAGCAGCGUGUCUAUGAGCUGAGCUGAGGGCAGCAAGGGGCUUGGGAUGGCUCAGCAGCAGGAUGGGGACUGCAGGGAUGAGCUCCCCUAUGAGCUCGGGCAGGUCUGCGGGGAGUGGGCUUGGGUUUGCGGUGUAAGGCUGGACAGCAGGCUCGUGUUUUGGGGUCUGCGGGGUAGGGGGCUCUCAUGUUUGCACUGAUGUGGUGACGGUUGGCAACACGGCCUCCGUGGGAGCAUUAAAUCAGAGGCACCUGGGGAAUGGAUCUGUUGCUUUAUUUCUGCCUCUCUCCAGGCUGGGCACAGCAAGAGGAUUGCAGAGCUCUCCCAAAUGUCACCAGGUGCUGCCGCCCCCAUGGCACCCGUCGGUGCCCAGCAUGUCACCCCGGAGAGGUGUGUCCCUGUCCAGCAAAGCCCCUCUGCUCUCCAUGGGAGGAUCACUGAGGGAGGUCUCUGCUCUGUGCCCCCUUCCAGCUGCUGCCCCCAAGAUCAAGAAAGCGCUUCCAGUGCCCAGUGUGCUCUGUGAGUAUGGGACACGUGUCUGCGUGCCACCCUGGUCCCACAGCUCUGGGCACUGCCGGCUGCUGCAUCCCAGCCCGUGGAUGGGCUGAAAGCACUCCACCCUUUAAGAGAGGAGCGUUUGCAAAAUUCCUCCCCUAAUCCCGGUUAACUGCCAGGCACUGAUGUUAUUGCUAACAGGGCCCGAGGGGCUCUUGGCUUAAGUGCGACAUUCACGGGCCAGCAAAAAGCCUGCCCGGGCAGCUUACACAGCGGAGCCGAUGUGCUCUCCCUCUCCAAACGCUCGUGGCGAUGCAAUGCUGAGGGCUCCUUCCCCUGGGGAUGUUACACCCAGCGCUUCUCACCUCCCGAGUCAGAAGGGCAUCGAGGCAGCUCCCCGCAGUCUCUCAGACACUGUGCUCCCUUCCUCUCCUCCAUGCUGUUAAUGUCCAGCCCUACCCGGCAGUCCCUACUUUGCACUGUUGCAGUGCAAAUGUUUCACAUCAUUUUCAAGCAAAUGACAGCAGAGAGGAUUUGGGAUGCCCCCACCGCAGCCUGUGCCUCCCCUCUGACCCCAUCACCAGCAGUGCAGCACCUGCAGGACUGUGCCCAUGGACCAGCCAGCCUCGCUCACCGCUCGCUGCCAUGUGAGCUGGUGCAGCAGUUGGGUUUUGGUGCUGGCUGCAUACACAUCGGCUCUAAGAUCUAAGCACACUUCUACUCACCUCCCAGUCUGUCUCUGGGGGGUCACAAAGCAAAGCCGCACUGCUGAUGCACAGCCAGAGCUGCCCAUGCCUGGCUGCCAUCACCACUUUGCCUCUUCUCCCAGCUGUGAAGGAGGGCAAUGCUGUGCUCCCCACGGGGUCACAUCCUGCACAGCCACAUUGGUUUCCUUUAAUUCCCCGUCCCCAGGUGUCCCCAGGUGUCCCUAGGGUCCUGUGGCCCUGCCGUGCCCCAUGGCCACCUUGGAGCUGCUGGCCGCUCUCACCUGGAGCUCACCAACUGAAACUGCUCUGUUUUAGCAGCAGUUCUCCCAGGCACCUGCACAGCCCUGCGUGAGGUCUGGUGGCUUCCCCUGUGCUGUGCCAGGCAGGCUGGCUGCUGGACACUGCCACAAAGGACCGUCCACACACAGGCAGUGCCACCUCAAGUCGUGUGGUGCACUGGGGAUUAUCUCUCCUAAUAGGAUUAAAAUGCCUUCUUCUGAUCUUGCCCUUAGCCAUCAUCAUUUUUCUAUUGAUCCUUACAGCUUCCCACUCUGUUGUCCGCAUUUUUUCUUUCUUUCUUUUUUUUUUUUUUUUUAGCAUAACCUUAAGGAAUUGUGUUUCAUUUCCUGGUUUUCCAGACCUGCACUCUUUCUAGGUGCUAACUCAUUUUUCUUAAUUCUCUCUUCAGCUGGAAUCGGAAUUUCCUCUUCUCUUUUACCCCAGGGUCACUUUUGCAGCAGUUGUGGUGCAGCAGCCGCUCCACCAGGCUGGGCACCACGGGCUGAGCACAGGCAGCUCUGCAGCACCGCGUUUGCCCACGGGCAGCAUGGGGGCACGGCACGAUGUGGGUGGCUGUGGAGUGGUGCCGCUGUGCCCCGGGGCAGAGGCCGUGGAGGUGCAGAGAGGUCGUCCCCACAUUGGCCACACUCAGCAUCAAACUGCCGAGCCGGGCCGGCCUUGAGCAGCAUCCAGGAAGCAAUAAAUCGUCCGGUUUUCAAUGGUGGAGACGGAUCAAAGAGAAUUAAGCCGGCUUUUUAAUCAGCCUGCAAUAUUGUUUCCC